GAGCUGUUUGAGGUGAGGUUAGGCUUGGGUUGAGCUGGCUUCAUACCAAAGCUUCCUCCGCUCGACAAGACAGGACUGCUCACACGUUGACUUGUUGUCUGAGGAAGUGGGUCAAUGACUUGAGCCUACAAAUAAAGUUCUAGUAAUGACUUGGCUGCUUGCAUCACCGUGCGCUGGUGACGUGUGGCGUCUGGGAGCUGUCCCAGGAAUCAUGGAGCUGAAGCUGCAGCACCGAUUCAGCAGCCAAUGAUCACAGGAGAAUCCGGGGCUACGGAUGCUUUCACCCAGAGCAGGACAGUCCGACAAUCGUGUUGGAUUAUAACGGAGACGUAAGCUUCAUCCUCGGACAUGGAGAUUCGAUAAUUGGGGAUGUAAGCUUCACGCAGACUUGCCAGCGAACCUGCAGUCUGGCUAGAGAUCCAUGAGAAAAAUCCCGAAACUGUGAGUCGUAUAGAAAUCGGGGGUAGCUCGCCAGGUAAGACAGAUUUCGCUUCCUAACAUGGCACGCCAUCGAUUGCCUUGAAAGCCUUAGAAGACGUCGACAGUAAUCUGCUGGUUUCUAACGUGUCUGAUGCCUAAUGUGCUGUUAGAUGGUGUGGAUUUGAAGUGUGAGCGCUGACAUUUUUGUUUUGUAGUCUGCAUGAGUCCAUUGUACCGAAGGCUGUGUGAUUCUCGGGUUUGUGGGCUCGUCGUGAAUCUGGAGGGAGAAGCAUGUCGAGAUAGUUUCUGUUGGAGGGAGCAGGCAGACUAUUAAGGCCAUGAAUGACAGUGAACGGGCCACAGCCUUGUUACUUGAAUGCAUUUUCCUAUCAAUCUAACAUUUGACUUUCCUCUUUUAGCUCUUCCAUUUAUUCAACUUAAUGGCUUCAGACACUUGUUUGCAUCGAUGGGAUUUAUUUGCCUUUUGGAUUUACAUCCUGGAGGGGGGACAGUAAGAGACUUUGAAUUCUAACACACCAAGAGAACUAAAAGGCUGCCGUAACCCCCAGAUCAAAGGAGAGCACAGCUUCUACUCCCACUUUCCCGCCCUCCACGUAUGAAGAAGAGGUGUCUGCUCAUGCCGGGGACUCAAACACUACAUGACCAUUCCCGCGGUGCUGUGAGUUCGUGGCCGGAGACAGCCUGAUGCUGCGCAGCCAGGGCAUGCUGAAGAGCCGCUGCUGCGUCCUGCUCGGUGACCUGAGGGUGCUCCUGCUCGGGCCACCGGCACCGCCGACACCGCUGCCUCCGCUGACCCCCAUGAGCGGCCAAGCUACGGAAAGCCAUGAGACAGGCGUCACCGUCCCCGACAACAACAACACGUUAACGCGGGACCGCGCUGCCCCCCCACCUGCCGCGGGAGCCUGCACCGGGCCACCGGGCGGAGAGCGGCCGGUGUCGGGCUGGGUGGAUGCUGCAGAGCUGUCGGCGGCCCUGCGCGGCUGCAGCAGCUCCUCUGAUGACUGCUCAAAGGGCAAACUGGAGGAGAGGUUUUCCCUCACCAGCUACACGGAGAGUGGCUUCAGGACUCCUGUGUGCAGGAUCUGUUUCCAAGGGCCGGAGCAUGGGGAGCUCCUGAGCCCGUGUCGGUGCAGUGGCUCGGUACGCUGCACCCACCAGCCCUGCCUCAUCAAGUGGAUCAGCGAGAGAGGAUCCUGGGCUUGUGAGCUCUGCUACUACAAAUAUCAGGUCAUUGCCAUCAGCACCAAGAACCCGCUACAGUGGCAGGCCAUCUCCCUGACAGUGAUCGAGAAAGUGCAGAUAGCAGCAGCCAUCCUGGGCUCCCUCUUCCUCAUGGCGAGUAUCUCCUGGCUGGUGUGGUCGUCCUUCAGCCCAUCGGCCCGCUGGCAGCGACAGGAUCUGCUCUUCCAGAUCUGCUAUGGCAUGUACGGCUUCAUGGAUGUCGUCUGCAUCGCACUAAUCGUCCACGAGGGGCCGUCUGUGUUUCGAAUCUUCCACCGCUGGCAGGCUGUGAACCAGCAGUGGAAAGUCCUGAACUAUGACAAGUCGAUGGACAGCGACGACCUAAAGGACGCCGCUGUGGACAGAACUCUGUCUCAGCCCAGCCCGGGCUUUCAGACUGGCCUAGGAGUGUCCACCUCCACUUCCUCGCUGAUGGUGGUAGCCUCCACAGCCGCCGGUUCUACUUCCACCACCGUGGUGACAGCGGUACCGGGAGGACUGGGACCGCACGUGGACACAAAUAGCGGGAGCGCAGUGCCGGACCAACACUGUCCCUACAACAUCCUCCACCUCCUCAGCCACCUGAGGCAGCCGGAUGCCCGCAGCCAACCCAGCAAUAGCACACGAGAGCUGGUCAUGAGAGUCACUACAGUCUGAGGAGUCAGAUUGAGGCCUUAUCUCACACGGAGGUGAAAGAAUUAUCAACCAGCUGACAGUUCAAAAAAGUCUUACCUUGACUGCUCUG